UUGCCUCUGUUCUGUCUGUUGAUUGCAAAAAGUCAAAGCUUUUUCUUGAUUUUCUGGUGGUCCCAAAAGUCUUAAUUCCCAAAUGCUUUCACAUUUCCAUUCACACAUAACUUCGAACACCUUCCCUGCAAUGCUUUCUGCCUUUUCCUAUAUAUGAACUUUCCUCUUCUCCAGGAAAAAUCCGGUUUUUCUUCUGCUACUUAUAUAUAUUCGUGGAAUAAUCGGCGAAAGGAUUAAUCAAAUGAGCGCUAGUAACGUACCGAAUAAGCGGAGACGGAGGAAGGUCGACGGCGUUUCCGGCGACGGUGAGGGGAGCAACGAGCGCGGGGUCGUGAAGACCCGGGAGGUGAAAGAGAUCCUAACCUCGCUGUUGUUGCUUGAGGAGCAAGAUAAGCAGGAGGAGGAAGAAUUGGAUAGGGAAGAGCUCGAGAGCAGAGCCCUUCUCGAAGCGAAUCACAGGAAGACGAAUCGCGCGAUGUGGGAUUAUUUGUCCUACGUCCAGAAGCACGAUAGCGCCGUGGAGCAAAUCGAUGGGAAGAGGAAAAGGAAAGGGAAGGGCAACUCUUCUGCCGCCGCCGCCGCCGCAAUCGCGGCGGCGGCGGCCACCGAAGCGGCGGAGGAGCAAGAGAUAGACCCCCCGGGUAGCGACAAACCCGGGUCCGCGCCGCCGCAGAGGCGGUUGUGGGUGAAGAACCGGUCGCAGGACUGGUGGGAUCAAUGCAACAGUGCGGAUUUCCCAGAGGAGGAAUUCAAGAAGGCGUUUCGAAUGGGGAAAGACACAUUCGAGUUGAUCUGCAAUGAGCUGAGCUCCGUGGUUGCAAAGGAGAACACCAUGUUGAGAGAUGCUGUCCCUGUGAGGCAAAGAGUGGCAGUUUGUAUAUGGAGAUUAGCCACAGGUGAGCCUCUCAGGCUAGUUUCCAAGAAAUUCGGCUUAGGCAUUUCUACUUGUCAUAAACUUGUUCUUGAGGUUUGUACUGCCAUUAAAACUGUUUUGAUGCCUAAAUACCUCCAAUGGCCUGAUGAGGAGAAAAUGAGAAGCAUAAAGGAUGAAUACGAGGCGAAUUCCGGGAUUAAAAACGUAGUUGGAUCAAUGUACACUACCCAUAUCCCCAUCAUUGCUCCCAAGAUUAGUGUGGCAGCUUAUUUUAACAAGAGGCAUACCGAGAGGAACCAGAAAACGUCCUACUCGAUUACUGUCCAAGGUGUGGUUGAUCCCAAAGGAGUGUUUACUGAUGUGUGUAUUGGCUGGCCUGGAUCAAUGCCCGACGAUCAGGUCCUCGAGAAAUCCGCCCUGUACCAGAGGGCUAAUGGCGGCCUGUUGAAUGGCGUUUGGAUAGUUGGGAGCUCGGGUUACCCUCUCAUGGAUUGGGUUCUUGUUCCUUAUGCACAGCAGAAUUUGACAUGGACACAGCACGCUUUCAAUGAGAAGAUCGGGGAGAUCCAGCGUGUUUCUAAAGACGCCUUUGCUAGGCUGAAAGGGAGGUGGGCUUGUCUGCAGAAGAGAACCGAAGUUAAGCUCCAGGAUUUGCCCGUUGUGCUCGGGGCGUGCUGCGUGUUGCAUAAUAUAUGCGAAAUGAGGAACGAGGAGAUGGACCCCGAGCUCAACUUCGAGCUCAUUGACGACGAGAUGGUGCCCGAGGUUCAGUUGAGGUCAACUUCUGCAAGAAUGGCUAGAGAUACUAUUGCUCAUAACCUUCUGCACCAUAACCAUGCUGGUACAUCUUUCCUAUCAUGAUUGAAUUAAUUGACUCCAUUCUUGAAUUAUGAUUCUUUCAUGCUUAUAGUAAUUUAUUACAGUUUAUGUUAUAGAAGAUGAUCCCUUGUCUUAGGGCUCUGUAUUGUAACAUUAUUCCCCUCUUUUUUUCCAGAUUAAUGACUGUUUCUCUCAUAGGCCAUAGGGAUUGAACAGAAAUUGUGAACACAUAUUGUAAUUCAGUUUCUAUACUUUGAUAUAGCAAUCAUUAGAUGAAUUUUAGUAGAAGAUGAUUCUUUGAUUA